GAAGGGUAAGGGCAGAGAGGGGUACCCUGGAAGGGUAAGGGCAGAGAGGGGCACAGAGAGGGGUACCCUGGAAGGGUAAGGGCAGAGAGGGGCACCAGAUUUCCCUAAAACUUUGGCAGAAGAAACCUGUGUUGGGGGUAGAACCAUAUUGGCACAAUAUUCACCUAUCGAGUGGGCACAGAAGCCCCAGACUUGGCAUCACCAUGGCAGAUCCCGACUCUUGGUCUCUGAUCCUCGGCCCUUGGGCAGACCAUACGAGGACUGUACGCCUGACCCUACGGGAGGAUUCUCCGGAGAGAAAUGACCCCAACAAGGUGAAGCCAGUGGGACGCGCCUUUGCGCUGAUCUCCUCCCGACCGCUCCGGGGGUCCCCCCCCCUCAACUCCGAGCUCAUAAAGUCCAAAGAUGGAGACGAAGAGAUCAUUAAGGUGUAUCUGAAAGCUAAAGCUCAGGAGAAGGCCAACCAUGAGUGGAACGUCAGCCAGCUGAGGAAUGAAGUGCGGCAAAUCCAGGAGGCUAGAACAUCACUCCAGAACCUAAGGGAAGAUAUUACAUCUGGUUCCCAGAACAGUGGAGAGCGGGACCCCCAGCCUGACAAGGUACACGUGGAGAGGCAGAAUGGACUCCGUCGCUAUGGAGAUUCCUGGCGGGGGGCACAGGCUGCGCACCAGGAAGAGGAAUUCCCACUGGACAAUGGCAAAGACAUGCGCCAGACGGCUCAAAGGCUAUUCGCUAAGCUGCAGGAGGCGGAGAAAAGGCAGCAUGCCGACCGCAAGAUGUUCGAGGAGAAACUGAGCCAGUGCCAGGCGGAGGCUGAACAGAACCGGCGGGGGAGGUUGGAGGCCCAGGAGAACGCGGCUGAGCGCCAGAAAGAAGUGGAGGAACUGAGGCGGCUGAUGUCUGGAAUGGAGAAAGAACACCAGCAGCUACUGCAGAAGAUGAAGCAAAACGAAGACGAACUGGGAAAGAUGAAGAGCCAAGAAAAGCAAGAUGAACCCUUUCAGGAGAGGUGUGAGGAACUUGAGAAGACGGUGGGUAAUCUAAAGGAAAAGAUUCAUCAUUUGGACGACAUGUUGAAAAGUCAGCAAAGAAAAGUGCGACAGAUGAUUGAGCAGCUGCAAAAUUCCAGGACAGCAAUGCAGGAGAAAGACUCUGUCAUUCAGGAGCUGCGGGAGAAGGUUUCUUGGUUACAGGCCGAGAAUCUGGAGUUGCAGGAUAAACUGGACCACUUCAUGUCCAACAACCCAGGACACACUUCCUAUCUGUCACGGGGCUACUCCAAACCUCCUGCUCCAAAUUUUAAAAGAGUAUACCUUCCACCAGGAUCUGGACGACCCUUCCCUCUCAUUAAGUUGGUGGAGACAUGACCUGUGGGUCCGGCCGGGUGACUGGCAGAGGGACACGCCCCCGUGCCGCCGUUCCUGCCCAGGCUGGGUGCUCUGUUUGACAGCUGGGUUCCUCCUUGUUUACCCGCCGCCUUGGGAAUGACAUCACCCGAAGCUUCCACUUGGCAGCUGUGCCCAGCAGACUUCCAGCCUCGGGAUGCUGGGGAACACCCAGCGCCAAACAAACAUCGGAGCACUUGGUGACUCUUGAGGGUUUCACGCCCUGUUCUGUCACAAGAGAAAAGCACUUUGGGUUCUAAAUCGUCUGUAGGGCCCGUAUUUAUUAUUUUUUCCCCCCCUGAAUACUUGGAUCUUCCUACUAUGUGUAGCUUAGAUUGUGGAGGUAGAAUUGGAUUCUAGACAGUCAUAUAUGUUGUGUAACCUAGAACAUAGAUAUAGAAGUGGAUAUUAGGACAUGGGGGAUCUUUAGAGAGAAGACAGCAGAACACCUGUUCAGUACAUUGCAGUGAGCGGGAGCUGUGCCUGGGGUUUACUUACCCCACCAAAACCUCUAAGGCUACUAAGCCCACGAUGGACCUCAAUGUAACAGCGCAAGUGCCUUGUAGGUUUGGCCUCUUCUGUGUUUCUACAACCAAAGAUGUUGGACCUCAGAGACUCACUGGGAACUCCUACAAAUGAUCCGUCCUGAUCAUGCCAAUGUUA